GUACCUGUGAGUAGCACCUUAGGUUGUUUAAUGGGCAAGGUACAAAGAACAGAGCCUACUUAUCUAACCAUGAGAAUGAAUGAGAGGCCUAUCAGAAUGGAUGUGGAUACUGGAGCAGCCACUAGGUGAUAGAACCACCCUUCAUAUGACAACAGGUGCCACACCUGAAGUGCCAUCUCUGAAUGAGAUUGAACAUAAUUAUGCCGAACUUGGGGGGGAAGGUGGAAAGGAGACAGCUCGUUUCUCCUCUGAUUUGGCUACAACUGCUCAGAUGGGGUGCAGGUGCUGCAGAAUGAUAAAAAGGUACAUCUUUGGACCAGCUAUUAUAAGAGAACUACCACCCAACAGUGUGAAAAAUGAAAAAAAUUACAGAAACAAUGAAAUUAAACAUGAGAUGUCAUUCCAAAACAGGAAUGCCAAAACCAACAAUAUCUUUGCUUCAACUUUGGACAAAAUGAUAAACUUGGAAGAACAAAAUAUAGAAAUCAUAGGAAAGGAAAUUCAUGUAUCAGAAAAGAAUAUAACACAUGUCCAAGAGAAAACACUGGAAGAUAUCUAUGACAACACUGACAAUGGUACAGUGCGCACAUUAAAUAAUAAAUUAGGACAUCCAGGGUCUUACACAGUUCCAGAACAAGCCACUAAUACAGAUAAUAGUUCCUCAAACAAUAACUUAAAAAAUAUAUCUAAAGGUGAACUAGUGCAGCACCAUGACCCUGGAACAGAAAGCGGUUGUCAUACAAUCAAUGGACCAUCCACACAACAUCCCACUGAAGCGGAAAACAUGCAAGAAGUAUGUGAAGUCUGUCAAGUAGGAGAGAAAACAAUUGACAGUAAUGAAAUUGACAUUUUAAAUAACACCAAAUUGCCACAUGUGCUAACCAAUGAAGUAACUCAAUGCAAUCUGGAAACUGACAUGGAUGAAAUCAAAAGUUUAUCAAACCCAUCUUCUGAUAAAGUAAUGAAUACCUUAAAUGGGCAGAAUGAUCUCAGAAAUGAUCCUCCUCCUAUUGACAGAGAAUUCACCAAGGACUUAAUUGAAGAAGUGGAACUCAGGAUAGAGGGGGAAGAUCCAGAGGUGGCAGCUGCACUUGCAGCACUGGAAGCAGCAACAGCAGGAGAAGACGAUAAACUGGAGGACUAG